AUGUCUUCCUCUAUUACCUUUGAAGAUGCUAUCAAACGAGCUGUUACACCCGGCCAGAACCGGUUGCUAGCAGGCGUGGCUCUUGGUGCUGCAGAGUCUCCAGAACCGCAAGAUUACCUCGCCGCAUACGGAAAUCUGAAGCUGGACCCCGCUUCGUCUCCUAUAACGACCGAGACGGUUAUGUGGGUUGCCUCGUGCACGAAGCUGGUGACAGCGGUUGCUGCCUUGCAAUGUGUUGAGCGUGGCAUGUUCGCGCUCGAUAACUCGGCCGAUAUAGAUCGGCUGCUCCCCGAGUGGACUAAGCAGGAGAUAUUGACUGGGUUCACCGACGAUGGUAGUCCAGUUUUGCAGCCCGUCAAAGACAGGAUCACGUUAAGGCAGCUGCUCACUCAUACAAGUGGCGUUGGAUACGAAUUUGCGGAUCCCAGGCUGCUGAAAUGGAGGAGUGCCCGCGGCGAAGGACCGCCUACCAUGAAGACACCAAGCACUGAGUGUUACAAGACUCCGCUAGUUUUCGAGCCUGGCAGCGGCUUUGCGUACGGUGGUGGCGUCGAUCUCGCGGGGUUGAUGAUAGCUAGGGCGAACCAAUGUACGCUGGAAGCAUACAUGCGCCGGAAUGUAUUCGAUAUCCUGGGCAUGGACGAUACAUCUUUCUACGUCGGGUACAACAACAUUGGCGAACGCUUGAUGCCAAUGACAACGCGGGUCACGCCCGAGGAACUAAUUGACGGGUACGCCCCAGACGCCCAGCUCAAGCAAUUCCUAGACCCACCAGACGAGUCUGGGGGCGCUGGCCUCUUUGCAAGCACAGAAGACUACCUCGAGCUCCUAAAGUCACUUCUUCGCAACGACGCACGGCUGCUCAAGCCAGAAAGCAUCGAUGUCCUCUUCGCGACUUGCCUCUCUCCUUCUGCCCAGGACGCACUCAACAACCUCCUCUCGAUUCCGGUCAUCGCAGGCAUGAUGAUGCCCGGUGAGCCGCCUAUAGGCACGCCAGGUGCGAAGACAUGGUCGUAUGGGGUCGGUGGCCUUGUGGCGCUGGAGGAUGGUGAAGAAGGGUUGAGAGCUGGCUGGAUGCGAUGGGCCGGUGCGGCCAAUACGACGUGGUGGAUGGAUAGAGUGGGCGGGACCUGCGGCUUCUUCGCAACGCAGUUAUUCCCAACUGGCGAAGGUAAACAUGCGUUCCUAAACAAGAUGUUUCACAAGGAGAUGGUUGCGAGGUUUGGAGAGGUCGGCGCGUGAGUGUGGAGUAGCAUCAGCCAUCAGGACUUUCUGACUAUCCUCCAAACAUGUCAAUCAUCAAAUCGAUCAAGUGUCUCGGACACAUUGAGCAAUUUCGACGGGUACAACAUCCAACUUGCCUUUGGAC